AUGAUCAAUCUGCAUCAGCUCUUCCGUGUCUUCUCCCGGGUCUCUUCGUCGCCAGCCGACCCUCCCGCGCCGAACGCGUCGAGUGAGGUUUCUUCUCUGCCGCCUCUGGAUCACCUCUCGUCUCUCAGUGCACUCCAUCAGCAGGAGCUAUUGGCUUCACUUGCAGCUGUCGUCAGCGCGGCGUCGUCCUCCGCUGCGUCCACAGGGCCGAGCUCGGCAACCAUGUCUGGAAGUCCCUCCUCUCUUUUGAGUUCCUCUGCUUUCUGCGUGCCUCCCUCCUCUUCUUCCGCAAAGGCACCCCACACCGCGCUUCCGUUUCCGCCCGGCUCGUCGCCGGAGGCGCUGGCCUUUCCCUGUCAGUCGGUUCCUUCCUCGCUGCACGGAAAGCCGCUGUCUCCUGGCUUUGCAGAGCCCUCGGUUUCGCCUACAGAUUUUGCCGCUGCGGCCUCUCGAGGCUCCUUUUCGACUCCGCGGAAACGGGGCGUAGGGUUAGACGCACACGAGGGCAGCGGCAUCCGCGGAGAGGGCCUUGGGGAGGAGCGCGACCGCCAGUGGCUGCUGCUCCAGAAACCCGUCAGCAAAACCACGAUGAGGUGGCCGUGGCUGGCGGCGCGCGGAGAAGAGGACGCAAACGUGGCUCCCGGAUCCGAGCUGCCCCUCUCCGUGUCUUCUUUUCUUGGUGAAGGCCUCGCCUCGCAGCAGGCGGGCCCCGCGCAUCCUUCGCCGCUGCUUCCUUCGACUUCCGGCUUCGCGCACGCCGAGGGAAGCCUCCUCCCGUCCGCGUCGUCGCCCUCUCCGCACCACGCAGGCAGAAGCGAAGCUGCGGGUGCGCGGCAGGCACCAGUCAGCCAAGACUCUUUUUCGCCGCUGCAGCCGUCGAUGCCGGCUCCUGGAGGCGCGGAGCCCCGUGGCGAAGCCUCGGGGCCACGCGUUUCGCAGGGACUCCCGACGGCCCUGUCGUCUGACGCCUGCGGCGGUGGACUGAUGGGCGCGGAUGCGUCGGCUCAACCACAGACGUCUGCGUUAUUAACGCUGCUCAUGCGGCCGGAAGGCCGAGGCGGCGGCUCCGACGUGGUCGCCCACGACGCCGCGUCGAAAGAGAACUUGAGGCAGAAUGCAACAGAUAUCGCAGAAGGGCGUACCCUGCUCCCGUCUCGUCCGGCGAGCCACGCGAACUCGGCGAGCCUUCCAGGGCCGCUGCCGAGUGCGCCGAGCGUAGAUUUGACGCGGACAACGACGACGACGAGUAGUGCGGCGCCAGAGGCUGCUGCAGGCCUUGUCGCAGUCUCGCGAACGGCAGACGAUUGCGGUGGCGCUGAGCAGGCAGCUCCCAUGCAUGACCAGCCGCUCUCUCUCAACGACUUCAGUCUCUCCAGCGCGCCCCAAGGCAAACUCGUGUACUGCGCGAAAGACCGGCCAGCCUGUCAGGCGCUGGAUGAGGGCAGCCAUGGCUUGACGCCAUAUUUGGAGGCGUGCGCCGGCGCCGACCCCCCUGGUGAAGGUGAGCAUGCCGGCGAAGACCGGGAAGAGGCCCGGCACGCGCGCGGCGCCGCGCUCCAACCUCCCUCGCGCCUGACUGGUUCUGAGCUAAGCCUUGGAGACACACACGGAGGAGGGCCAGGCAGCGAGACUGGCGAGAGGCACGCGCAGCGUGAGGAGACGUCCGGUGCCUCGUGCGCGUUUGUCUCCGAAGAGUUGAAAGAUUUCCCCUUUCCGCAAACCGCCUCCGCAGGCGCUCGCGGCGACACGUGUGCGUCGUUUACCGAACACCCGUCCUUUCCGCCGCCUGCGUCCUCAGACGUGUGCUCCAGGGGCCCACCGUCGCCUCGUCAAAACUCGACGUACCCGUGGCGAGCAUGCCAGAGGACAGACGAAGCGAGGAAUUCGGAGGUGGAAGCUCCACACACCAGCGAUCUGUCGACACUUACAGCUGGAUCCUGGGGAGAAGGCGUGCUUUCGGCGUUCUCUCUUGCCACCUCACCCGCGUUGCCAGAAGGCAGGGACGCUGCUCCCGGCUCGGGGGCCCCCCACGGCCCAGAAGCGGGUGGCGACGUGCAAGGGUCCUCGGCAGACCGCGUCGCGCCGUGCCCGUCUGUGACUUCCUGUCGCCCCCACAGGUCUUCGCCAGUCCCGGGGACCGCGACGAAUGCAACUGCCUUGUCGUCUCAUACGUCUGUGCGUACGAUUGCCGAGACAGGAUCUAGCGACGCAGCUGCCGUGCCUCCGUCAGACCCUGGAGGCGCUCGAGACUCGCCGCCGGCGUCUCUCUCGGCGGCGGCUGCGCCUGCACCCGGUUCGGGGGAGGCGAGUGCCUUUCGCGACCGCGUUGCUUCUCGCGUGGACGCAGCGGAUUUUGGGGCACGCAGCCAGACUGAUACCGCUGGAAGAGGAGAAAGAGAGACUGACUCUGCGACAGAGGGCAAUCUGCCAGCCGUCGCCGUGGGUCCAUCCGAGGCGGGGCUUUCUUCUGCGCCUCUGUCUGCAGACUCUGCGGAGCUUAUGUUUCUGUUUCGCAACGGCCAGCCAAGUGCGGCUGCCAUUGUCGCUGCACUUCAGCAGCGUCACACGCCGCUGGGGACGGCAGGCGAGGGCGAGGAAAACCUUCAAGGGGAGGGGGCCGAGUCGAGCCGCGUGAGUGAAGGCGCGGAGCAGCGCCAAAGUCGGGAGGACAGCGCCUCAAUCGGGGAAGUCGAGCAGCAUGGAAAGAAUGCGCAACUGGCCACACGCGCCAGUGUCAACAGCAGCCGCGGGACGUGUGCAGCGUCAGACGUGGAGCAGGCGCCGUCGAUUGCUAGCUCGUCGGCCGUAAAUGGGACGUCCAUUUCCUCUGCAUGCGGUCGCUCGCUCUAUGCGUCCUCUCCGGCGUCGUCUGGUGCCUCGCUGACCUCCUCCUCAACGCCUCCGGGUCUUCCCACACCAGGUCACGGGGCAGGGGCUCCGGGAGGCCUUGCUCUGGCGCCGUCUUCAUCUGCCCAAUCUUCGCCCCCGGCUCCUUCUGACCCCGCAAGUCUGCAUUCGCUCCUCCUCUGGCCUGCGCAGCAGGAUUCCUCCCGGCUCCCGGGGUCCUCGCCUGCCGAGGCCUCUUCUACUGGUCCCGGCAUUCGCGUGACUGGCGAUAGUGAAUCAGACAACCCGGGCGGGGCGGCGGCGUCCAGUGGAGCGGGGCCCCUGCGGGGCCCGCCGUGCGCGGGGCCGCCUAGGGCCUCGGGAAGUGGUGCCCAAGCAGGAACUGCCUCCGGGGCAGCGGUGAAUCCGGCGGCAAACGCGACCACGUUCCAGCAGCAGCUGCUCUUGCUGUCGGCUGCGUUUGAUCGAAUCGGAUCGUCACCGUUCCCCGUUGUCGGCGGUGAGGGCUUUUCUAUGUACAACGCGUCAGGGGCCGAAGCUUCUGGCGGGCCUGCAAGCGCACCGUUAGGAGGCCCGGCGACUUCCCUUCCAGUCCUUCUCGCGGGGGCGAACGCUGAAGCGGGCACAGACAGCGGCGUAGAGGAGCACCGAGGUCUUUUGGCUCUUCUCGGAGGUGGGGGAGAGCAUCCGCCCGCGCAGCAGGUCCUCGGCCUGCCGAGUACGGGGGCGGGCAUGACUUUGGGGAACUCUGGAGCGGGCGCGACGAGUCGGGGAGUCAAGCGGCAAUAUGGCGGUCAAGCACGCGGCCUCUCAACGUCGCAGAAAGGCAGUGGAGUUCUGCUUGCGCAAAGUCGCCCGGCGGACGAUUCAGGCCAGGGAGGGAUGGGAGGAAGCGGAGCCGCAGGGCGGGCGGUGAAGAAGCAGCGGCGAGGUGCUCUUUAUAGUGGUGGCGCAGCUCCGACUGGAGCUGUCGCAGGCUUCUUGCCUGUCGGCGCAGGGCCUCGCGCCCACGCUAAAGACGGGCCGACACCGCCUAGUGACGAGUUCUUCUUGCAGCAGCUGCAGCAGGGCGGAGACUCGAGUCGCAGCAGCGCAGAGCGGCCUGCGGCUCCGGGAUCCUCCAUCUCAGCGGCGAGAAGCAGCUUGCCGACGGUGCCUGUGGGGUGGCCUUCGGCGUUCGGGGACGGCGGUUGCGCUCCGGGUGCAGAGGGGCCCCCAUCGCCGAGUUUGCGCAGUCUCUCGCAUGCCGGUGGAGUUCUUUUCGGUAGCGGGGCCAACACGACGCUGGGGCACCUCUCCGCGCCGGCUUACUUUACGCAGGUUCACGGCAUGCCUUUGUCUGCAGGGGACGCGGGUGUAUCCGGCGCCCACCCAGCGCCGGGCUCAAUGGUUGGCGCGGAGGCGGCCGCAGUGGGCGAAGAGGUUGUGGUUGGUGGCCUCCUGAAUUCGAGUUUUCCACUUUCGUCGGGAUGCGGAACCCGUGGUGCGCUUCUCAAUAACUCUGCGACCUUGCGCCCAGCGUCAGGCCAAGCUUCGUCAUGCUCUCAGAAUGCAGGCGCGAACGCGUUGCUCGCGGGCGCCUCAGCGGGGCUUGACAUCCUGCCAGGCGCAGGUGCGCAGCCCGGGGGGCCGGGUCUCUUCUUUGGCGGGGCUUCACCGCCUCUGCAAGAGGCAUCCGCGUAUACAAGCGGGAACGGAAAUACGUCUUCCGCUAGCAACGGAGAUGCCAUUGCCGCUGCGGCGCUCCUUCACCUCCGAACGCUUCAGCAGCUUCAAGAGCUUCAGCGGCAUUUCCAUCAACGCGCGCCGGGGGGCGUUUUAGCAACUCAGGGGCCUCCUACACCGUUCCUCGGGCCUGCGUCGCCGCUUGUCAAUUCUUCACUAGGCUUAGGCAGCCCAGCUCCAGGGCCCGCGGCUGGCCUCGUGUGCAACGCUGCCGGCCUCUCUCCGAUGACGGGCCGGGGGCCCGAACGGCGCGCGACGGGUGGCGGGUCUGGGGGCUCCAGGAAGGGCAGUGGAGGUGUCUCAGCGGGCGCUGAACAUCUGUUUCUGCUGCAGCUGAAACAGCAGCAGGCGGGGGGGCACAGUAGUGUAAAUCCGCAUGGCCCGGCUCGCGGAAGCGCGACGACGGGAGGUGGCGCUGGCCCCGCGGCCUCGGGGGGUGGCGUGGUGGGCGCACCUCAGCAGCACCACCCGGGGGUUUGCUACUCGCCGCCAAAGGACGUCUGGCGCGCGAGAAUAACAGUCGACGGCCGGCAGCAUGAGCAGCAGUUUUCAGUCAAGCGCCACGGGUUUGAAGAGGCCCGCAUGCUCGCAGUUCAGUGGCGAGCGCACAUGGAGAAUCUACGACUCGGAGGCGGAGGGAAAAGCAAAGGCAAUGGUGGUGCUGCGAUCGCGUCCACGGCCACGGUGGCCUCGCAGGCGUCUUCACACUCGUCUCAGCAGCCGCAGCUGGCGGGGACGGUGGUCAGCGGCACCCCAGGCAGCCCAGGCUCCGGAUCUCUAUCGGGCCGUGGCCUGUGA